AUGGGUAAUGAAACCAUAUACACCGGCAUCUGGCAAAACCACUCGCAAUCAGGCUGGAGAGGCUCGACUCUGACUCUUGAUGUCAGAUCGGGCUCGCUCUUGAUCUCUGCUUUAGCUACGUUUAUCACGCUGGUCGGGGCUCGCUUUUGGGCAAUUGUCUCCUUCAGCAUCCACCAGGUACGUGCGUCGCAGAAACAGAAAGAUGGGAUACAUCACCAGCAUCAGGUUGUUUAUAGAAACGGUUCAUCUGCUCUGGGGACGGCUUGGGCGGUACUGGAGAUAUCAUGGGCUUGGAGGAAAAGAGCAAGCUGCAACGUUGGUCGCUUUUUCGCCGCGGCACUGCCUCCAGUGCUUGUUUUCGCUGGCUUUGCUGCAGCCUCGGUCUUAUCAGCAAAGGUCGCAGCUCCACCGACGGGCGCUAGUCAGGUCAAACUGGUAUCCAAGAACUGUGGUUAUAUUGACUCUAGCACUGACGUUCUGGGUACAGUCUCGCAAGAUAAUUCUCAGAUCUUCAGCAGACUCUCUGUGAGGACUGCGAUCCUCGCAAGAAACUAUGCCAGAAAUUGCUAUGAUGAUGAUUCGCAGAAUUUGGCGUCGUGUAACUUCUACCCAAUCCGGAGGUUACCAUAUCAGACCCACGAGGAAGCAACAUGUCCGUUCAAAGGUGACAGGUGCAUAUUGGGUCCCCAGAAGGCCUUUCGAAUGCAGACUCCUUGGCUCGAUUCGCACAGCCAUUUCGGGAUCAAUGCCCAAACAAAUCAUCGUGUAGAAUGGCGACGAACGACCACAUGUUCCGUCCUCAAUGUUACGGACCGAGUCACAACUCGUUCUGCUCCCUCUGGCAAGGUACACACAUGGAAUCUCGGUUAUUCUGGACCACUUUCCGCCCGAAGCAACCAAACGUAUAACUACAAUGAAAACGCUGUGAACUUCGGCAUGGCAUACACAGUACAAUCAAAUUUUGCUGUCGAGCAGGAUAGAUAUUCAGGCUGGGUUCCUUUUGAUGAUAUGCUACACCAAGAUGCAGAUGUAUCUGUGUUUUUCCUUGCCCCGAACUCGGUUCUCUAUCCAGAUCCAAUCGAUGAUCCGCUGUUCUCUGCUCACCGGCAAUUCUCGAACAACCCCCCGAGCUCAAACGAUACUUACUACGGUUCGGAUGAGCUUGUCACUGUCGUCGGAUGCAUUGACCAGGCCGAGAUCAGGAAUCCUUUAACAGGUGUAAGCACUGCACCGCUUGGGUUGCAAAGAUUGUCGAAUGAUACUUUCGGCAUUGGGCUCAAUCCCUCUCAGGUUGCAACGUCCUUUAGAUUGAUUAUCCCCUCAGAGCAAGCUCUGAUGUUCAACAGUGUCAAUGGCGUGGGCACUACGGCGCUCAAGGCACAAGACUCACUCUACAUCAUGAUAUCAUCUGGCCUACCAAGUAAUCAAUGGCAAAUCGAAUUGCGUGGUUGGUUUGACACAGCAUUAGCUCGUAUGCAAGCAUCUGCGAUAGAUUUUGUUUCGAAGACGGAAGAGGCAACGUCGGUAGGAAAAUUGGGAUUUGGUACCAGUCAAGAAAGCACUCAGCCGAUGUGUAAAAACCAAUUAGUCACUGCAAUUGGUAACUACCAGUCAUUCUCAAUGAUGGGAAUUGAGAUCAUUCUGGCUGUUGGACUCUUCAUUGUUCUCAUCAGCUUUGUACUUGAGCGUGUUGUCGGAUGCAUUCACAAGAGAUGGGGAAGCCAUAGAUACAAGCAGGUGCGCUGGAAAGCAGAUGGGAUCUUGCAACAACAGCGACUAGCUUUUGAAAACAACAAAGUUAACGGAUGGGAAAAGACAGACGACACUGUGCCAAUUACAGCGCUAGGAAAGACUUGGAUAGUAUAA